AUGGUAGCAAUGAAAGGCUCUGUGCUCUGUAUGGUUUUGCUGUGGACAUACUGCAGUGAUGUGGGGGCUCAGUGUAACAUGACUGGCGUGUGGGUGAAUACCCUGGGAUCGGUGCUCAUUCUUCAUGCAGAUGGUUCUCGUCUUAGUGGCUCUCUGCGAUCUUCUGUGGAGCUCCAUCCAGGAUCUGCUGGUGACCAGAUGACUGGGAAACUGAUGGGAGUCCUGGGAAAAGGAAAACAACCAACAUUUAGCAUGUCUGUGAGCUGGAAAGGAGAAACUGUCACUGCAUGGGUUGGCCAAUGUUUCCAAACGGCACAGUGCCCUGUCCUGAGGACCAUGUGGCUACUAAGAUCACCGACUACAGCAGAAGAUAACUGGAAAGCUACCAGGACUGGUGAAGACAUAUAUUAUCCUGAGAAGAAAUGUGAAGUUGAAAGGCUUUCAUAA